CUCACGCAGCGCUUCCUGCGGGCCUCCAGUGCGCGCUCAGCCCCAGCAGCCUCCGCCCGGCGGGCGCCGCGGAGGCGACGAGGAGGGGGCGCCCGUCCGGGUGGGUGGGGCGGGCAGGGUCCCCGAGGUCGCCGGCUCCGCGGCGGAGGCAGAACUGCAGACCUGCGGGUCCUCCUCGCCCUCCCCCGCGGCCCGAGAAGUAACCAAUGUGCAACAUGCUGCAGAAGCAUUCAAGAAGUGGCUGAAGGAGGAAAGCAAAAGGUGCGGCUGCUUACCAGAAAGGAAACAUGGGAAAUACAACUACCAAAUUCCGAAAAGCACUCAUCAAUGGUGACGAAAACCUGGCUUGCCAAAUAUACGAAAAUAACCCUCAGCUAAAAGAAUCCCUUGAUCCAAAUACAUCUUAUGGGGAACCCUACCAGCACAAUACUCCAUUACACUAUGCUGCUAGACAUGGAAUGAAUAGAAUAUUAGGGACAUUUCUUUUUGGUAGAGAUGGAAAUCCAAAUAAACGGAAUGUGCACAAUGAAACAUCUAUGCAUUUGUUGUGUAUGGGACCUCAGAUUAUGAUAUCAGAAGGAGCCCUUCAUCCUCGCUUAGCACGCCCUGUAGAAGAUGAUUUCAGAAGAGCAGAUUGUCUGCAGAUGAUCUUAAGAUGGAAAGGAGCAAAACUUGACCAGGGUGAAUAUGAGAGAGCAGCUAUUGAUGCUGUUGAUAACAAAAAAAACACACCCCUUCACUAUGCUGCUGCCUCAGGGAUGAAAGCCUGUGUAGAGCUCUUAGUGAAGCAUGGAGGGGACUUGUUUGCUGAGAAUGAAAAUAAAGAUACUCCUUGUGAUUGUGCUGAAAAACAACACCACAAAGAUUUGGCCCUCAAUCUGGAAUCUCAGAUGGUUUUUUCACGGGAUCCCGAGGCUGAAGAAAUAGAAGCUGAAUAUGCUGCAUUAGACAAACGGGAGCCCUAUGAAGGACUAAGACCUCAAGAUCUGCGUCGAUUGAAAGAUAUGCUUAUUGUGGAAACAGCAGACAUGCUUCAGGCUCCUCUCUUUACUGCUGAAGCUUUACUUCGAGCUCAUGACUGGGACAGGGAGAAAUUACUUGAAGCUUGGAUGUCCAACCCAGAGAACUGCUGCCAACGAUCAGGUGUUCAAAUGCCAACUCCACCACCAAGUGGGUACAAUGCCUGGGACACACUCCCUUCUCCAAGAACGCCAAGGACUACACGCUCUUCCGUCACCUCUCCAGAUGAAAUCAGUUUCUCUCCUGGAGAUUUAGAUACCAGUUUGUGUGACAUUUGUAUGUGCAGUAUUUCUGUAUUUGAGGAUCCAGUGGAUAUGCCCUGUGGACAUGACUUUUGUAGAGGAUGUUGGGAGUCAUUUUUAAAUCUGAAAAUUCAAGAAGGUGAAGCUCACAACAUUUUCUGCCCUGCAUAUGAGUGCUUUCAACUUGUGCCUGUGGAUAUCAUAGAAAGUGUAGUUUCUAAGGAGAUGGACAAACGAUACCUACAGUUUGAUAUUAAGGCCUUUGUUGAAAAUAAUCCUGCCAUUAAAUGGUGUCCUACUGCAGGCUGUGAAAGGGCAGUCAGACUCACAAAACAAGGGUCAAAUACAUCUGGAUCUGACAGCCUCAGCUUCCCGUUGCUGAGAGCCCCUGCCGUGGACUGCGGGAAAGGACAUCUCUUCUGCUGGGAGUGCCUUGGUGAAGCACAUGAGCCAUGUGACUGCCAAACAUGGAAAAACUGGCUGCAAAAAAUAACUGAAAUGAAACCAGAAGAGCUUGUGGGAGUUAGUGAAGCAUAUGAGGAUGCAGCCAAUUGCCUCUGGUUGUUAACUAACUCCAAGCCUUGUGCUAAUUGUAAGUCUCCAAUACAGAAGAAUGAGGGCUGCAAUCACAUGCAGUGUGCUAAGUGCAAGUAUGAUUUUUGCUGGAUUUGUCUUGAAGAAUGGAAAAAACAUAGUUCUUCCACUGGAGGUUAUUACAGAUGUACUCGCUAUGAAGUCAUUCAGCAUGUGGAGGAGCAAUCCAAGGAAAUGACUGUGGAGGCUGAGAAAAAACACAAACGAUUUCAGGAACUUGACAGAUUUAUGCACUAUUACACAAGAUUUAAAAACCAUGAGCAUAGUUAUCAGUUAGAACACCGCCUUCUUAAAACAGCCAAAGAAAAGAUGGAACAAUUGAGUAGAGCUCUCAAAGAAACUGAAGGAGGCUGUCCAGAUACCACCUUCAUCGAAGACGCAGUUCAUGUGCUCUUAAAAACUCGACGCAUUCUCAAGUGUUCUUAUCCAUAUGGAUUUUUCUUAGAACCUAAAAGCACAAAGAAAGAAAUUUUUGAACUUAUGCAAACAGACCUAGAAAUGGUCACUGAAGACCUUGCCCAAAAAGUCAAUAGGCCUUACCUUCGCACACCUCGCCACAAGAUCAUCAAGGCAGCGUGCCUUGUGCAACAGAAGAGGCAAGAAUUCCUGGCAUCUGUGGCUCGCGGAGUUGCUCCCGCAGACUCACCCGAAGCUCCAAGGCGCAGCUUUGCUGGUGGAACAUGGGAUUGGGAAUAUUUAGGAUUUGCAUCACCUGAGGAGUAUGCUGAAUUUCAGUAUCGGAGGAGGCACAGACCGCGCCGGCGGGGAGACGUGCACAGUCUGCUCAGUCACCCCCCAGACCAGCAGGAGCCAAGUGACAGCGCUCUAGCAGAUGUUCCAGAGGGUGGCAGCAGCCGCAGGCCUGGCGCAUCCGUGGUAAGUUCUGCAUCUAUGAGUGCGCUGCACAGCUCUUCCCUGCGUGACUAUGCCCCUGCCAGCCGCUCUGAAAACCAGGACUCCCUUCAGGCUCUAAGUUCCUUAGAUGAAGACGAUCCCAAUAUACUUCUUGCAAUACAGUUGUCACUGCAAGAGUCUGGGCUGGCUGUUGGUGAAGAAACGAGAGACUUCCUCAGUCAUGAAGCGUCACUAGGAGCUAUAGGCACUUCUCUGCCUUCCAGGCUGGACUCCAUCCCCAGGAAUACUGAUAGCCCUCGAGCCACAUUGAGCAGCUCUGAGCUUUUGGAACUUGGUGACAGCCUCAUGAGACUAGGAGCAGAAAGUGACCUAUUUGCAACUGACACCUUGAGCUCACAUCCUGUCAGUGAGGCAAGAAGUGAUUUCUGUCCCUCAUCUAAUGACCCAGACUCAACCGACCAGGACCCCAGCAUCGAUGACAAUCUUCUUGGCAAUAUCAUGGCUUGGUUUCAUGAUAUGAAUCCUCAGAGCAUUGCCCUGAUUCCCCCAGCAACUACAGAAGUGAGUGUGGAUUCUCACCUCCCCUGUGUCAAAGAUGGUUCAGAAGGGAUAAGGGACGUGGAGCUUGAGCUGCCAGAAGAUUCAGUAUUUGAAGAUGCUGGUGUCAGUGAAGGCAGAGGAGCACAGAAAGAAGAGAGUGUAUUGGAAGAAAAUAUUCUGGCGGGGGAGACGUCAUCUCAAGCUGGUGACAGCGGUAGUGAAACAGCCAACAAAGAGAAUGGUGCCGCUAUUUCAAGUCAGGCCCCUGAAGCCUCUGGUGACUGGCUUGACCAAGUACAUUUAGUGUGACCCACGUCCGUCUGGCUCCAAGUGCUUUGCAGUUCCGGACGGUGUGAAAGCUGGAGUAAGCUUUAUAGAGACUUUGAUCCAGUUAAUUCCAACUUGAUCAUAACCACUGAUGUUAGGAUUGAAUACAAAGGAGUUCCCUUGAAUGGUAGCUUCAUUUUUCAACCUUACGGGGAAUUUCCUUUGUAUUUAAUUGGGUAGUUUUCCCCUGUCUGCUGACAAAAAGAAGAGCAGGAAAGCAAGAGAAACACAAACGGAGUAAGUAGGUUGUAUUCUACAUUCUAAGAAAAUGCAGCACUCUGUUUAGCCUAGAGUUGGCAGUAUUUAGUUUGAACAUGUAAAUCAAAGGCUUAUUCCCUGAUCUUUGGGUGGCUUUCCAAAAAAAGAAAGAAAGAAACGAGUAGCUGUCUUCAUUCUGGAAGUUUGUCUGGGCAGGUGUGCGAACGCCUGUGUCCUCAGUCGCUCUGUGCUGUCCACCGUGACCUUCCUCCUCCCUUUCUGUCUGAGCAAUGUGAAUCGAGGUGUCCAGGGCUUCUCUUCAGUGCUGCUUCCACCACAGUGUAAUUAAUUUUAAUUUCCACAUGUUUAAUCAAAGUUUUUUUCUCAUGUCAAAUUACAGUCUAUCGUGCCAAAUUCUAACUUGUGCGCUGACCAACAAGGCAUGUAGGUGUGCAGCGUCCUAGUGUGCCCCAGGGCAGUGUCAGCGUGUUCUCGGGAGUCAAAGGUGCCACACGGUAGCGGUGAUAUUCCAGAAUUGAAUAGGCCUUUGUUGCCAUGGAGACUGCAUUUAAAUAAAUGUAGCCUGUAGCUUAAGUUAACUAAACCUAAUGCUGCUGUUAAAAAACAGUUUAUUUUAAUAUUAAAAUACAGUUGAUUAGCAACAGCGGUGCUGUAUUUUAAGAGACACUUUAUUGGAAGUGCAAUCAUAGUUCUUUGUUUUCACAGUUUUACAGUGCAUUCUAAUUACUAAUGGGUGCAAUUACUUUUAAUGGUGUUUUAUAAAAUAGAAAAAAAGUGGAGUUUUCUUCAGUUAUAGUAAAUCUCACAAUUAAAAACUUCAAUAAAAACAUCCUGCGCAACAUGUUCCUGUGCCUUUGCCUAACCUAAAUGGAUAGUUGCCAGUUAAUAAGUCAGUAAUUCAAAUCUCAAUGUCUCCUCUGAAGUGACUAUGCUAUGAAUUGCAGAGACCUCCAUAAAACCACCCAUGGCCUUGCCUUUACAGUAAAUAUAACAACUAAAUGUUCAGUUUGUUUGCCUAUAUAGCAAAUGCUGACAUAUGUUUGUUCUCUUGCACAAUACUCAUUUGCUGUGUGAUUAGUGUUUAGUAUUGAAAAAAGUCAACUUCCUAGUUAUCAGUGUCUUAUUGUGAAGAAAAUACUGGUCUUAGCUGUAAUUAAGAUACAAUGGUACAGUGUGUAAUUAAAACUAGAGUAAACUGUUGAAAUGGUUGUUUACUUACAUAUUAUGAAAAUUAGAUAACAUAAACAAAAUAGAUAUGCGCAACACUCCAUUUAAUGUUUUGCCGGAUUGUUACCAGAAAUCUACAGAAACCAAAAUUUCUGUCCUGAGUUUAUACAAGCAGGUCCUAGGCCAGGUAAAAGGUUAUAUUAGUAUUGAUAUCCAUGUGAUCUGUGAUUACGGUUUUUGAUUAUUUUUUUUCCAAACCCAGUUUUUGAAAUGUUUCUUGUACUUCGAAUUAAUAUGGCCAGGACAUUAGAGUAUUUAAUAUUCCCCCAGAUUAGUUCUCCUAAGAUAAAUUGUGUGGGAAUUGCUCCUAUGCCAUGGAUAUUAAAAGUCCACAUUAGUUUUUAUUUCUCUAAUUACCAGAUACAUUGAUAUCAGUCCCUAUUAAAGUUAGUGGGGGAAAUGUUAACUUUAUCUACAGUGUAUUACUGUAUAUUAAACUGAAAUAGUCCAGUAAAGGAUUUUUUACAAAUUUAUUUUGGACUACAGAUGUUAACACCAUUCAUUUUUAGACCACCGUGUAAUUUUUCAGUGGGAAGACUUUGCAUCGCACUGAGGCAUGCUGCACGGUGCAGCUAGCUGAAAAGGAGCGCUCUGUGUGACGAUAGCAUUGGCGGCAGGUUCUGGUUUCCUUGCACCUUGUGCAGUUCCCUUUGUUUCUGUGCGGUCUCUCCUGAGCAUGAAAACUGAUCAUUAUCCAGUUUGUAUUUCCUUGGUACAUAUUUUAAAAACAACACGGUCGUUGACUUUACAAUUCAGUAAUAAAGUUUGGCAAAGCCUAUUUUGUAAACAAGUUAAUUUUAUAAUGUUAAAAAAAAAAAGUUACUCGAACCUUGACUUGUUAUUUGCACUUUCAUAGUCUAUACUUGAUACAUUCCCACUUUAUAUACAGUAGGAUUCUACGAACGUGUAGAUGUUUGGCCAAAUGAAUGCUGUUAAUAAUAUGUAAAGUUCUUUGAUUAAACAUUUAUUACUUAAACUA